AAAAAAGCCAAUGCGUUUCUUCUUUCGAGUCAUCGAGCCUAUGUCGAAACGAACAAGGAUGUAUUGAUGAAAAAACGAGACUCAGUAUCUAACAAUGCAGAUCAUUACUAUGCCCAAUCCCAAUGGCAAUUGGAACCUAUUCGAGUUGGUGAAAGUUUCAUGGCUAUGACGGGUAGGUUUGAAGAUGCUCAGUUUUUGGAUUACCUACGUAGAGACAAUGGUGUGGUGGAAUAUGUUGAACCCAAUCAAUACUAUCAAGCAGAUAUGAUCUUGCCUUCAAACACCAAAACGAUGUCCUUUGAUGAUCUUUCUAUGGCUGCUGCCAGUGAUACCGCUCACACUCUCCGUGUCUCUCAAGCUGCAAAUUGGGGUCUGUCAAGAAUCACACAUAGAGUCAAUACGGAUUUGUCUUCCUAUAGUUAUCAUGAUAACGAUGGACAAGGAGUUCACGUAUAUGUACUUGACUCUGGUAUCAAUGUCGAUCAUUCUGAUUUUGGAGGUCGUGCAACUUCUGAGAUUAACUUUGUAUCUAACGAACCUGAUGAUGAUAUGGGUGGCCAUGGGACACACGUGGCUGGAAAGAUUGGUGGAAAACAAUAUGGUGUCGCCAAAGGUGUGAGCUUACAUGCUGUCAAGAUCUUGGAUAAAUCAGGAAUGGGUACAACGAGUGGUUUGAUUCAUGCUCUAUCACAUGUCAUUGACAUCGCUCCCCCCGGAAAAUCAUUGAUUAAUCUAUCUCUCAGUGGACCCAAAUCAAAUAUACUGAAUGAAGUUUUGAAAGAAACAACUGAAGUGCACAAUAUUCCAGUAUUUGUAUCAGCAGGAAACUCGGGUAGCGAUGCAUGUUAUUUUUCUCCAUCAUCAAGCGAGCAUGUCUUUGCCGUAGGUGCUACGGAUAUCCAUGAUCGGGUACCCAACUAUUCAGAUAUAGGUGAAUGUGUCAGCAUUUACGCUCCUGGCUCUAGCAUCAAAAGUACAUGGAUUGGAUCAAAGGAUGCCACUCAAGUAUUAGAUGGAACAAGUAUGGCCAAUCCUCAUGUAGUAGGCAUCGCAGCUAUUUUGAUGGCUGAACAUUCAUAUGAAUCUGUGAAAGACUUAUACGCCGCUCUGCGCUCCAUGGCAACCGCUGAUGCAUUGACUUUUAGUGACAAAGUAUCUGUUGAAAGUGCCAGUAGUAAUUUACUCGCUUAUCAUUCUCCCACAAAUUGA